UAAAAUAACAACACGCCCAAUUGCUGAAGUUGUUUUCGUUUUAUUCAAAGACCUAUAUAAGGAGCCUCCGUGUUAGUCAGCGCCCAGACAGACUCGUUUACGGUGUAGACCUGGCGUGUAGUUCGCGAUGAAGCUGUUCCUUUCUUUGACUCUUAUCUGGUCUUUCUCCAGCACAGCUGGAGCACUUGUGUGUCAGACUUGCACAGAUGACGAUUGUACAAGCACAGUGCCACUAACAUGUGACACAGAGACCAUGUGUAUAACUGCUGCCAUAACAGUGGUUUCAUCGGGAACUCCUGGAACACAAAUCUUCAAAGCAUGUGCAUCGUCCUCCCUGUGUCCAGUCACAAGCUCCCAGACAUUUUCUGUUAACUUGGGUGUUUCAAGUGCACUUGCAUCUGCUACGUGCUGCAACACAGAUAACUGCAACUCAGCCACUCUAUCUUUCCCCACUACUCCAUCACCCAACGGCUUUCAGUGUUAUGUAUGUGACCCUAACACCUCUCUAUGUACCACUUCAAUCACAUGUACUGGAACAGAGGAUCGCUGCUUUCAAGCAAGCGUGUCAGAUGGGGCCACCACUUCUCCUGCCUUUGGUUGUGCAUCUACAAACAUGUGUGCAGCAUCUGCCAGCCUGGGGACACUACCUUUUAUGAACGAUGUUGGCAGUAUAACCAGUGGACCUGCCUGUUGUGGAACUAAUCUAUGUAACACUCUCACAACAACAACUACUGCACCAACCACUACUACUGCACCUAUCACAACUACUGCACCUACCACAACUACUGCACCUACCACACCUAAUGACAACAACUGCUGCAACAACUGUUGCAACUGCUGCAACAACUGCUGUACUAACAACUGCUGCAAAAACUGCUGUACUAACAACUGCUGCAACAACUGCUGAACCAGCACCAAAAACUACUACCACUUCUUUCUUUUUUUCAAGCCCUGUUGCUGUCUUGAGUUGGUGUCUGUCUGAGCUGCUAAUUCCAUAUUUAGUUAAAACACUCUGAUUCGGGUUAAGACAGCACCAAAGCAAUACUUACAUCACUCAGACAUGGGAAAAAAACCUUUUUCACAACUUUUAUUGACACAUUCCACCAUUACAGUGUGUGAUUUUGUGUAUUUCAAAUGAAGCUGAAGCUGUAACAUUAUACGCAGUCAAAAAACAAACAAAACAAAAGUACAUGACUAACUGAAAUAUUAGCAAUGCCAAUGUGCUCGAUUUCUGUAAAGUCAGUGCAUUGCCUAAAAUAAAUCCAAGACACAACAGCAGAAGUGAAAGCUGUAUCUAAAACAUGUUACAGUGUCCCCCCAAUUAAAUCUAAAU